UACUAGCGAUAAAUGAGGAGUUAAUACUCAGAGAGCUGAGAAGGGGCAGUUAGGAAAUUCAUGUCUUCAUCAGUGAGGUUUUUAUAACGUUUGAUCGGAGAAAAUAACUAAUUAAACGACAUAGGAGCGGAGAGUAUCAGAAUACAAACAAACAGACUACACUCGCUUCUAGGAGAAAGACCAAUAUAUCACUCGCAUUGCAUCCCAAGUUUGAAGUCGGUCUUUCAUAAGCUGGAAUCUAGCAAGAGCUGAAACAAUUUUGUAAUUUCCGCAGACUAACUUGCCUACCGUGAUACUUAUGGAACUUGCAGCAAUAAGGAAAACACUUUUGAAAGGAAAGACCUGGCACAUACAUCUCGGAGUAAAUUCAAAGUGAUAUCUAAAGACGUUCAACGAUUACGACAAGAAUACAAUUUGCGAUGAGUCUCGAUGGCACAUUUAAUUAUUCAAUUGAAGGAAAUAACAAUGGUUCGGAAUCGACGCUUGGAGGAGGAAUUUAUGAGAUACAGGAUAAUGAUUUGACAAACUUGAUGCAAAAUGAAAGUUCGUAUUAUGAAUAUGAACAGGAUUUUUCACAUAUAUAUCCACUUGUUUCCGUUCUAAACAUGUACAUCACCCCAGUUAUCAUCAUCGUUGGACUGAUCGGAAAUUUCAUAUCAUUCAUGAUUUACGGAGUUGGAAUCCAAAGGCACCAGUCGUCCAGUGUAUAUUUGGCUUCUAUCGCAGUUUCCGACUCGGUGCUCCUUAUGACCGUAUUCGGAACCUGGGUAGAACAUUUCAACGUAAAUGCAUAUAAUCGUAGCGUCCUGUGUCAGAUGAACAUAUACCUAUCUUAUACAUGUGGGUUUCUUUCGGUUUGGUUCCUCGUCUGCUUUUCUACUGAACGCUACAUCGCCGUCUUUUUCCCGUUUAAGCGGCACAUCAUGUGUACAGAAAGACGCGCCAAAGCUGUGGUCAUAACGGUAACACUCAUAGGACUGUUGACGUACUGUAGUACACUGUGGACAACUGGGUUGAUAUAUUUUCAAGAGAGAUGGCAAUGUGCACAGUUAGAGGGCACUCAUCACUACCACUCCGCCCUUACGUACAUUGACAUAGCCAUAACCUUCUUCAUCCCAUUCCUCUUGAUAUUGGUCCUUAACUGUAGUAUCAUAUACAAGAUAGCGUUGUUCUAUCGGCAUCAGGGAGGAAACGCCGCUAGUGCUACAAAUAGCGCCACUGGAUUGAUACUAAGGAGGUGCUCAGGUCGCAGCGGUGAAGAACAUAAUGUUCAAAUGAAAGUCACUGUCGUCCUUGUAGUCAUUUCAAUAGCUUUCCUUGUCCUAAAUCUACCGAGUUACAGCUUGCGAGCACUUGUUCUGCUUUCUCCAAGGAUUCACACGGACAUGUCAUUAGCUGCCGAUGGUAUAGUUCUCCUACAGCAAGUUUGCCAGGAGCUCUAUUACACAAGUUUUGCCAUCAACUUUUUUCUAUAUAUUUCCUGCUCGAAACAAUUCAGACUUUCCUUCGUUAAAUAUGUCAAAAUGUUUCGACAUAGUUUUGUCGCGUGUUGCAAGAAAUGUCGCAUAAGUUCACGGAAACGACUAAGAACUGAAUCUACAACGUCGAGCCUACCUGCAGCCCGUAAAACACAAACAAUCAAUCUCACGAACCUUAAAUAAGGUAAAUGACCAUACACAGUGAAUUCAGCCAUUCCCGACUACUCGCAGCAGCUAGCGUUGCUUCCCCAUUGACAGUGUUCCUGUAAGGGAGAAAAUUGGAAAAUACUCUGAUUGAUCGGUGAUGGAUCCUCCCCGGAUUAGCCCAUGUGUCCCCCCUAGGAGACGCCCGGCGGACUAAAACAUUUAUUGAGUAGAUAUUGAAAUUAAACUAAGCGUAAUGUAUAAAUGAAUUACAGAGAUUCGUCACUUUAAUUCAAGAGAUUAUUACUGCGUCUUCUUAAAU